GAUGAAGGUAUGUAUCGUUUGAUUUCAUGUAACCUCAAAACAAUUUUUGUAAACAAAACAAUGUCAAAAAUCACGGAAAAGCUUAAUAGAUUCUUAUUUGUGAGCAAAUAUUCAAUUGUUUAUUGAAAAUGACAACAUUGAAAAGAAGGGAACAUUUUGAAUGAGACGAUUUACAUCGUUUGCACGGAAUCUAUUUGUUAAAAAAUCGGAAGAAGUCGCAGAAAUGUCCCCGAAGCGGUAUUUUAUCAACCCCUUAAUAGAAACUGUAACGGUUAAUGAAGAAGUGGUCAUAACUGAGCACAAGCUCAAGGAAACCGUUCAAAAUGUUAUCGGUAAUAUCUCUAAUAAUUUUAAACCAACUGAAAGAAAUGCGGAAGAUGGUGUUUAUCUAGGAACUGCAGGUGUUUCUUAUAUGUUUUAUCAUAUAAGUAAAAUACCCACUUUUAUCGACCAAAAAGACGUACUUUUAAAAUCUGGCUUAGAAUAUCUGAAACCCGCUUUAAAAGUUGCUCUAAAAUGUGCACCACGCACUAAAGAUGUACCUGCUUUCAUAUUGGGCAACAGCGGUAUAUAUGCCGUUGCUUCAGUAUUAUUUAAUGCACUUGGCAAUGAGAAAGAAUGUCUACGUUAUAAAGAACUAUUUAACAAAGCAGGAAAUAUUGUGAAAGAAAAAAGGUUUUUAGAAUGUGGUUCAGACGAAUUAUUUGUGGGACGCGCUGGUUACAUAUGCGGGGCAAUCUGGCUCUCAAAAGCAUUAAACACUUCAGUACCACAACAAGAUUUACAUGAAAUUUGCAGUGUAAUGGUCGCUUCUGGACGCGAAUAUUCUCAAAGGCACAAAUCUCCUUCACCCUUAAUGUAUGCCUAUUACAAUGUGGAAUAUUUAGGUUUUCUAGAUGCAAACCCUAAAGAUGCUCUUGCUAUAAAACAAUCUAUAGACUUUUUACUGAGCCUACAAGAUUCCGAAGGCAAUUUUCCUGCUGCUAUGGAUGAAGUGCAUCUGUCCAAAAAUGAAUUGUUACACUGGUGUCACGGGGCGCCAGGAAUAAUUUAUCUUAUGGCCAAAGCUUACCUCACAUGGAAUGAUGUCAAAUAUUUAAACUCUUGUAUUAAAAUGGCAGAUAUUGUUUGGAAGAAAGGUUUAUUGAAAAAGGGUCCGGGUAUUUGCCAUGGAGUGGCAGGAAACGGUUACGUAUUUUUGUUAAUGUACCGUUUGACUAAUGAACAUAAAUAUCUUCAUAAAGCUCUCAGUUUUGUUAACUUUUUGGAAAAUGAUAAAUUUAAACGGGAAGCAAGAAUCCCUGAUCACCCAUACAGUCUUUAUGAAGGCAUCGCAGGAACUGCCUGUUUUGUAGCUGACUGCACCAACCCCAUAGCUGCUGCGUUUCCCUUUUCCGACAUUUUUUAAUUUUACAAAUAUCCUCUAUUCUAUCUUUCUUAAACUUUUUACAAAAUGUUUUAAUUCAGCUGUAAUUUAUUAAAUCAAUUACAAUAAACUGUUUUAAAUCAA